ACAAUUUACGUUUCUGCAGACCUGGCGGCGACAUUCUUUGCUUUGAACGCAAAUGGCGGUGGCAGUUGCUAGGCCAAACAGAUCGGUGCAUUAUGGUAUCGAAGUAGCGAGUGGAGUGACGUGGCGGGAAUGGGAGCCUGGAGGGGAAUAUACGCAGCAAUUGCUAUUGAAGAAUCUCAAGUUUAAGACACAGAAGAUCUCCUACAAGUUACCUGAAUCACGUCAUUUUACUACAUUGUAUCCACAACCAAUUGUUCUCAGUGCAGGCACAAGCUUUUUCCUGCCUCUUACAUUUAGACCCGUUAUGAAGACUUGUUAUGAAGAAAAGAUUAUGUUUGAGACAUCAGAAGGACAGUUUGAUGUUCCAAUGACAGCUGUACUUCCGCAAGCUGAACUCUCUAUACCAGACACUCUUAAUUUUGGCAUGUGUGCUGUGCAUGACAACACAUCUAUCACGUUCCAGAUAUCAAACACAAGUGAUGUUGAGACUACAUUUUAUUGGUCUGGAAAAGAACCAUUUACUAUUAAGCCGUGUACUGGUUUUUUGCCAUCACGAUCAUCAUUUACUGUUACAGCCACGUUCUCUCCAGCAGCUGCUCGUGUGUAUGAGGGUAUUGCAGUGUGUAAGUUUGGUGAAGAGGAAAGUCAGUAUAAGACUGUGAAAGUUGAAGGAAUUGGAAAGUUUCCACAUCUUACAGUCAAAUUAUGCAGUGUGAAGUCCAAAGAUCAACAAGUUUCUGGAACAAGUGAUGUCAUCUAUCCAAAGGAAUUACUUGUCGACUUUGGCCACGUUUCAGUGGAAACAACGUCUGAGAAGUGGAUUGAACUAAGGAAUCAGUCACCGGUGAAUGCCCCAUUUCACAUUACACAAUCAAUGACUCCAGUCAAUGCCGUAGACUCUCUCUUUUACUGCUCACACUAUCAAGGAGUUGUUCCUCCACAGUCAUCUGAACGAGUCUCAGUAAUGUUUUCUCCUCAUACAUCUGGUGCUAAGUCUGUAGAUUAUUACAAGGUGAAAGCAAAUGGCUCACACAGCUGUGUUGUUCUGAAAUGUAAAGGAGUUGCAAAAGGCCCUGCUGUUACCCUCAGCACUGCUUGCCUUUCAUUUGGCAGUCUAAACAGCGGAGACACGGCUACACAAACGUUUGAAGUAAAAAACGACUCCGAUGUCACAACAGCUUUUAGUUUUUGUAUUGAUGGUGGAAGUGUGUUUGCUCUGGAUAGCCUGUGUGGUACUGUGAAACCUGGAAGAUCUCAGACCAUCAUUGCACACUUUCGACCUAUCCAUCCAAUUAGCUAUCAUCGUAAGCUGGCUUGUAUUGUGCACAAUCAGGAGCCUGUUUUUAUUCAUCUUAUUGGGACGUGCAACACGGAGCAAGUGAAACCAGCUCCACUUUAUCCAAGACACAUGAAACAUCACAAUGCCAGGCUACAAAACGGUUUGUCACAGUAUCCACCUGAGCAACUGGCAGAAAUGCUGAAAGAAGGCAAGCUAACUGUAGACACUACAGGAGCACUUGCAGCAACAGAGGACUUGGGUGAUGUAUGGCCGAGCAAACAGGAAAGUGAAUUAAAUGGAUGGGAAGAGCUUGAAGGUGUUGCAAGGGAAAUAACAGAUGCAUCUCACGUCAGUCUUGAAACAGACUGCAUAGACUUUGGUGCAUGUCAGGCCAACAAGUCAUUACACACUAAGACUGUCACGUUGACCAAUCACACUAAAGGGAGAAUAACAUGCCGAUGGAUGACAAACCUCAGUGAUUCAUUUUAUGUCACACCAGAAGACAGAGAUGUUCUUCCUGGCAAGAGCUGCUCGUUUACUAUCACAUUUAAACCGACUGUUGGCAAUCAGUUUUAUGGCAAGGAAUUGGAAUGUUUUGCAUUUUACAAGAAUAUGAUUGACUAUCGUCUUGUUACUGACAUUACCACUACACCUCCAUGGUGUCUAACCCUCACCGUUUUGGGUCACACUUUUCCUGCUACAAGUGAGACAUUUCUUCCUCAACUGACAACUAGUUCAAAUCGUCUAUUGUUUCCUGCCGUCAGCAUCGGAGAGGCAACAUUUCGGACUUUGUUGCUACGUAACAUGGGAGACACGCCCAUAAAGUUUGCUUUCAACAUCAACUCUGAAGGACCUUACACUUGCAAGCCUUUGCGAGGCUUAUUAUCCGAAGAAUAUCAAGUUGUUGUUUUCUGUAUGAGACCUGCGUGUGUGCCGAAGGUUCAGGAGACUGUGCGGUUGGAAGUCAAUGAAGAUGAGAGACACACGAAGCAGUUGAUUUUGACAGGAUCGGCUGAUGAACCGGCUGUGAAACUGGAGAAUGAGGGUUCAGUGUUCUUUAAACCAACCUGCGUUGGUACAGUUUCCAACCGUUUGUUCAAGGUCAAGAACACCAGCAGAAUUCCAGUCAAUUUCUCGUGGCAUAUUCCAAGUGAGGAAGCUGUGCUGCUUCGAGUUCAUCCAAAGAAGGGAGCUCUGUUGCCCAACGAGCAGCAAAGUCAUGUUUGGUCGUUUAUACCUGCUGAGGUUAAGAAAUAUGGCAUUAGUUGCGGACUCAUCAUUAGCAACAGUCGAGAUGUGACAGCUGGUUCUAAGCGAGUCGGACUGUUAGCGAUUGGGGAAGGAGCACUAGGAGGGAUUGAGUGCACUCCACUAUCUCUUGACUUUGAGAAUGUCAUUGUUGGCUCAUCAGCAACACGCGAACUCAUCAUUUACAAUGCUAGUGAAUGCAGCUUGCAAUACAAGCUCACCAUUCAGCUACAAACUUCUGAUGACCCAACUAUUCUCGCUAUUCCAUCAUCUGGAAAACAAGCUAUCCAUCUUGAUUCUAUGUGUGGACUACUGCCAUCAUGUACUAAGAAGGCGCUGAACGUUACAGUCCGACCUGGUCGCAGAACUGCAUAUAGUUUUAAGAUUUUCUAUGAGCUACAGUCAACAACUGAUGUCAAUGCUGGUUGUGUGAGUCGUCCGUCGUCUGAGUUGUGUUCUAUCACUAUGAAUGGUGUUUACCCGACUUUGAGUGUCGGAGAUGUUAGAGGGCAGGGAAGUGCAAGCAGCUGGAGUAAAGCCCGGUUGUGGGAAAUGUUGAGUUUGACACAGUUGAAUCAAACACUUGCUGCUGAGCCGACUGCAGCAGAGCUCAUGUAUGCCGUUGCAACGAGACACAGCACACGACGUCGUCCGACAUAUCACACGAGAGCGAUUGUGACCGUAGACUUUGGUGCGGCUCCACUCACGUCCGAGCCUUGCAUCAUAUAUCUAAUGCUAAAAAACAACGGAACUGUUGACGUUGACUGGUCAUUGCUUUUCCCUCCUGACUUGCAGCUAGAGCUGGAAUAUUGGGCUGAAACGGGCGAACUAAAUCCAGAAGAAGCUCAAGAUCUCUGUUUGAUGGAGAAUGAAGUCUUUUUUAGUGUUACACCGAGAGAUGGGAGCCUUCCACCUGGUGACAUGCAGUUGUUGACUUUAUCGUAUAAGCACACGUUGGCAGGAUGCAACCGGCUGCCGGUUCUGCUAAAGGUUGCUCACGGUCGAGAAGUAUUGAUUCACUUUACGGGUGUGACAGUUAAUCCUGGAGAACAGUAUGUCCAUUUCUCAUCUUAUCGUCAUGUCUUCACACCCGUACCAGUUGGUGUUGAACACGCUCCCAUCCAGAUGUAUUACCUACACAACGGAAGUUUGGAGUUUGUCGGCUACGAGAUAGACACCGAACCACUCAAGAAUCUAAACAAAGAAAAUUUUAACUGCCCUGUUUUUAUUUGUCUUCGGCCAUCUGGACAAAUUCCUCCAGGGCAGUCAGUUGCAAUACCUUGGUUGUUCUCUCCACUCGAGGCGACGACAUACUCGGUGGACGUUACGAUUCAAAUUGUAAAUGGGUUGAUGCAUAGGGUGACGUUUGUUGGUGUUGGGGUUGAUUCUCGGAUUAGAGGAAAGUGGAGCGAAGAGCACGACGAGUGGUUAAAAUCGAUUGUUGAAAACGUCGAUAUUCCAGAAAAGCAGACAGUAGAUGUUGAAGGGCAGCUUGCACGUUUUUCCUGUGAACUGUUGGAGUUUGGAGACAUACCUCUCUAUUCAACAGUAAGACGCAUGCUAUUUCUUAUCAACACAUCACACAAUCGUACUCUCUCAUUUACAUGGCAAACAAAUCAAUACAAAGACGCUGUAACUAUUGAACCAUCAUCAGGCAUCCUUUUACCACAAGAGAAAACUCUCAUCAAGGUCUCUCUGUACUCUCGUCAAGGACCGUGCUAUUAUAAUAUGGAUAUUAUUUGUCAAAUUAUUGAUGAGACGGGGAUGGCUGUUUAUAGACAGUGUAUGGAUGUGUGGGAGGAAGAGCAGGAGCUGCAGCAGCAUUUGUUUACUAUUACUGACAAAGAUGAGAUGAAGAAGACAAAUGGAAAGAAAACAAGGAAAAUGAUUGAUAAAAAGUCUCGAAGCACAUCUACCUCAAAGCCAAAGCCAGGGAACUCUGAAUUGUAUCUUCAGAGAAGUGAUUCAGAUUUAAAUAAAUACCAGGCUCUGCCUCCUAUUGGCUUUUCUCCAGUGGCUUCUUCAGAGACAUACAAAGAGUGGAAGAAACGUGACAUGUCAACACGUUCUAAAGUGCGUCCAAGAGUCAGUGAUGAGCAGAAAAAGCAAGAUAAGCCGACGCCUCCUCACCCAUUUCAACUUCAUAUUGGAGUGACUGCUCAAACUCAUGACCUCAGAGACUAUGUUGCUCAAUUUGGUGAGCUGAAGAAAUUCUUUGUCAAAGUUCCUGCUGCACACUGUAGUUUGCCACGUAAUGGGCUUGCCUCAGGGUACUCAUCAGAAGCGGUUUCACCAUCAGGUCAAAGGUGGCUUGUAACGAGGGAAGAGAAUGAAGUGAUUACAGCAACAAUGAAUGAUGUUGUUAGGGCUGUUCUUGAUGAACCAUCCUUCCAUCGUGCCGUAAAUGCAUCAUACGUAGAGCCUGUCCCAUACUUUACUCAAUUACAAAGCACAAAACUUAGAACAGGAAGUAGAGAAACCAAUUACAAGCAAGAUCAAGUCAGCGCAGACACCGACGGCCAUGCUGUGGAGUUACAGAGAGUAGAAACAUCUGAAUCAGUUGGCAGUCAGAUACAGACAGACAACAAUCAACAAUCACCAAGUGCAAGAGAGAAAACGUUUUUUCAGAGAGACACCCUGGAAGAUGAUGACAUAUUUGGUUUACCAGAGGCUCAUACUCUGAUAGAGACAGUGCUGGAGAAUACGUUGUUCAAUUUGUUGUGCGAAGCUGGACAUGAAGAACUAUCAUUGACUUCGAAACCAUUGCUGUUAGCAUCUAGUACUAACGUGUAACACAUGUAUAUGUAGAGACGUAUUUCAUAAGGUAAAGGCAAUGUAGAU